UAGGAUGUUUGGAUGUUGUUAGUAACAUGGAGCUUUUUGGAUUCUUUUUGUUCCUGAUCCUGACAGACUUCAGCUCAUCUCUGGACCACAGCCUCAUCGCAGUGUCCCCCAUCUCUCCUGUAUCUGGAGUUCUGUUGUUGACCGGACCUAUGGAACAGUACCAGUUUGACUUCUCUGAGGCGCAGGAGGCCUGUCUCUUUAAGAAUGUCUCCAUGGCGACCAGACCCCAACUCCAGAAGGCCCUGGACCACGGACUUGAAGCGUGCAGGUUUGGUUGGCUUUCGGAGCAGAUAGCCGCCGUGCCCCGCCUCUCCUCAGUCUCCACCUGUGGCAGUGGGAAAACGGGCGUGGUCACCUGGAACGCUGAAACAAACCGGAAGUUUGGAGUGUGGUGCUUCAACGCCUCAGACCCCCGCCAGCUCUGUCCACAGCUCUGA